UAUUAUGAUCUAGAUUCCUUUGUAGUCUCAUAAUUCUCUGUGACUAAACAAGAAAAUAUUUUCAAGAAUUCAGAGAAAAAAGAUGUGAAAGCUCAUUCUCCUUCAUUUAUUAGUUCUAGGCUUUCUCUGUAUAUAGAAAUUUUUAAUUUUUACACUAAGAAAACAUGAUUAAUGAAACUAUGUGUUUGUUAUUUUUCCUCUUUUGGAUCCUUUUUCUUACACAAACUCUCUCUUAUCUUAAGCUACUAAGGUUGUUGAAAUGACUACUCUGACAACCCAGUUCGCGCCUUCAAGCAGGUUGGGGUCGUACGAACCGAUGCACCAAAUGAGUAUGUGGGAAGAAGACACAUUUGAUGGCAACAUCAGCCCCCACGCUGCUGCUGUUUGCAUCAUCAACGACGCUGACGACAAGAUUGACUACACUUCAGAUAAAUCAGCUGAGGAUUCUCAACCUUCAAGAGCCAUCUCCGACAAGACACAGCGGCGCUUGGCUCAAAACCGCGAAGCUGCAAGGAAGAGCCGUCAAAGAAAGAAGGUUUAUGUUCAACAGUUGGAAACGAGCAGAUUGAAGCUAGCUCAACUCGAGCUCGAGCUCGAGAGAGCUAGACAGCAGGGGAUGAUUAUCGCGGGUGCAACGGCGCAUAUGGGCUUGUGUGGGAGCGUGAGCUCGGGAAUUGCCAUUUUCGAGGUGGAGUAUAGCCACUGGCUAGACCAGCAGGAGAGGAAGAUCGCUGAGCUAAAAAACGUGCUUCGAACGCCCUUAGGCGAUCAGGAGCUAAGUGUAAUGGUUGAGAGCGUUCUCAGCCAUUACUGCAGCCUCUUCCGCAUGAAGAGGGAUGCCGCGAGGGCCGACGCCUUCUACUUGGUCUCAGGCAUGUGGAAGACCUCAGUCGAGAGGUUCUUCCUGUGGAUCGGGGGCUUCAAGCCCUCGGACCUCAUCAACGCCGAGGACGCUCUGUCGCAAGGGAUGGAGAAGCUCCAACAGACCCUCGCGCAGAGCGUCACCAUACCGGGCCCGGGAAUGGGAAACUACUGCUCCCAGACCGCCUUUGCCCUCGAGAACUUGGAGUCACUAGAGGGUUUCAUAAACCAGGCUGAUCAUUUGCGACAGCAAACUCUGAAACAUAUGGCGUGCAUAUUGACUACACGACAAGCAGCUAAUGGAUUGGUUGCAUUCGGGGAGUAUUUUCAGCGUUUGCGGACGCUUAGCUCACUCUGGUCCGCCCGUAGCCCAGGCGAACCAGCAUGAUGUCGGGGUCGAUGGAGCAGCAUUAGAUACAAGUUCAGCCACAGAUAUAUAAAUAUAUUGUAGAAGUUCUGUGAAUGAGAUAAAUCUACUAGUUUUUGCUUAGAUGGGUAUCGAUUUAUUGUGCUGCUUCUAGUUAUGUGGCUGUGUACAUAUUGGUUAAAGACUUACUUAUAUAUGACUGUGGCAUUGAUAUUUA